AUACCGGAGAAUUAUACCCAGACGGGGACUGUCCAGUAUGUUAUACCAGAGAAUUACCCAGACGGGGACUGUCCAAGGUUAGUGUUUGACCCGCCCGUAUUCCAUCCAGUUAUCAACCCUGAGUCAGGGGAACUCGAUGUCAAAAGAGCUUUUCAGAAGUGGAGGCGAAAUGUGAACCACAUUUGGCAGGUUCUUCUAUAUGCAAGAAAAAUAUUUUACAAAAUUGACACCAAGAACCCCUGGAACCCAGAGGCAGCUGUAUUAUAUGAACAAGAUUUAGACCUAUACAAACAUAAACUAGCAGAAAGUAUAAAACUGUGCAAAGAUAGGUUAUAUGACCCUCCAGAGUCUGAUGACCCCCACGCCAUAAGGUUUAGUGAGUGGGAGCCGUCAGUUCAUGAGAGCACCAGAGAUCAGUUGCUCCGCCCAAAGGUAAAGGAAGGUAAACCCUCUGUGCAGGCUUCUGGCUGUGCUCUGUUUGCUUUGCUAACUCCAACACCACCCUUCUACACUGAAACUCUAAAAGAAAAAUGAUUUAUUCAUUUAAUAUAUAGUAUGUCAGAUACAUGGCAAGAGUUACGGUAGAGGAGCAUAGUUUUUUUGCUGUUUUUAUUUUCACGUGUUGGCAAUGUUUUAGGCUCAGGA